AUGGGCACCGUCAGUGAGGCUACAGCGGCGGCCUCCCCGCUGGAGCGGGCUGCGGGGCUCGCCCGGCGCCCGCAGCCUCCCUCUCCUGCUCUCUCCCGCAAGGUGAUGCCGCCGGAGCCGCUGCCCAAGGGGAGCCGCUGCCUCGACCCGCACGGCCGCGCCAUGUCGCAGCCCGACGCGGAGCCGCUGCCCGGUGCCCUGGACAAGGAGGAGGCCCGCUCGGCGCCCAGCACCCCGUCCACACCGUCCGUCUGCUCCCCRCCGUCCUCCUCCUCGUCCACGCCGUCGGCCGGCAAGAACGUGUGUUCCAGCUGCGGGCUCGAGAUCCUCGACCGGUACCUGCUCAAGGUGAACAACCUCAUCUGGCACGUCCGCUGCCUGGAGUGCUCCGUGUGCCGCACGUCGCUGCGCCAGCAGCACAGCUGCUACAUCAAGAACAAGGAGAUCUUCUGCAAGAUGGACUACUUCAGCCGCUUCGGUACCAAGUGCGCCCGCUGCGGCCGGCAGAUCUACGCCAGCGACUGGGUGCGCCGGGCGCGCGGCAACGCCUACCACCUCGCCUGCUUCGCCUGCUUCUCCUGCAAGCGGCAGCUCUCCACGGGCGAGGAGUUCGGCCUCGUCGAGGAGAAGGUGCUGUGCCGCAUCCACUACGACACCAUGAUCGAGAACCUCAAGCGAGCGGCGGAGAACGGCAACGGGCUCACGCUGGAGGGGGCCGUGCCCUCGGAGCAGGACAGCCAGCCCAAGCCCGCCAAGAGGGCGCGCACCUCCUUCACGGCCGAGCAGCUGCAGGUCAUGCAGGCUCAGUUCGCUCAGGACAACAACCCCGACGCGCAGACGCUGCAGAAGCUCGCGGACAUGACGGGGCUCAGCCGCAGGGUCAUCCAGGUUUGGUUUCAAAACUGCCGAGCGCGCCAUAAAAAACACACGCCGCAGCACACGGUGCCGCCCUCCGGAGCGCCCCCGUCCCGCAUCCCCUCCUCGCUCCCCGACGACAUCCACUACUCCCCGUUCAGCAGCCCGGAGAGGGCCAGGAUGGUGACGCUGCAYGGCUACAUAGAAAGUCAGGUACAGUGCGGGCAAGUGCACUGCAGGCUGCCCUACACCGCGCCGCCCGUGCACCUCAAAGCCGACAUGGAGGGGCCGCUCUCCAGCCGGCCUGAGAAGGUCAUCCUCUUUCAGUACUGACUGCGCGAACUCUUCCUCAUCUGUCCAUGGCGCUACCAGCACCACUGCCCCUCAGUCGUUGACAUACAGU